UUAUGUUAGCCGCGCCAAAUUAAAACAAACACACUUUGCCUUUUAACUCAAUUUAACUAGCUAACUAAAUAAUUGGAUGAGUUGAUUUUUUAUAUAUAUAUAAAUGAGUAGGCCUAUAGGCUGACAGGUGGUCAUUCUGUCGUUGCAUAUUGUUAACAUCUUGUGAGUAUUGUCAGGCUGUUAUUCCACUCCCUCUUUUGAAACGGCUUCGUCGCUUCUACCAACGUGCGGUGAUACGUACCGACGUAAACACGUGCAGGUCCCUGGUUACAGGUUUCUGCUCAUUAUCCCUUCUCUACCAUCCCUCUCGCUCUUUCGCAUCAUUCCCCGACAACAGCAGCGAUGGCGGAACCCGUGGCAUCGGAGGCUACAGACGCAGCAUCCCCAUCCCCGACUCCAGCCCUUUCCCCGGCAGCUAGCCCAGGAUCCGAGCCUCCUUCCAUGGCGCUCUCUCCUUCAGCUGGAGGAUCUGAACGACUCCUUUUCACCCACGACCUAGUCUCAGGUCGGCAUCGUGGGUCGGUCCGAUUUGGCCUUGUGGUAAUGAUAUAUGGCGAGGAUGAUUUUGACUCUGAUUCGGACAUAGAUGUGGACAUAGCGGGCGAUGGCGGAGGUAAAGGAGGUGGUGGUGGCGGCUGUGGGGUAUGUGCUGUCUCCGGUAACUCUGAUACAGAAAACGGUGCUGCGGACUCGCGGACACGGCCUCUGGGAAGAGGUUUUGUACGGGUGCAGUGGUAUCCAGAUGGAGUAAAGCAAGACGUUCAUGAAACCAAGCUCAAACUUGAAGAUCGAUCCAUCGUGCCUAGAGACUUUGUACGACGGUUGAAUUCCAAUGAUAAGCAGUGUGGUAUAGUCACCAACAUUAACAUAGAGUGUGCCGUGAAGUUGGUUGGAACCAACUGUGUCCUAUAUCCUGUCAGCAGUCGAGACCUGCAACACAUAUGGACAUUUAUGUAUGGGGAUUACAUAGUGUACGACUUCUGGCUGGGGAAGGUCUAUGACUUGAGCAACAAUAUUAUCUUGAAGCUUUCCAAUGGAGCCAGGUGUUCAAUGAGUGAGGAAGAUGGCUCCAAACUCUAUGACGUCUGUCCUCACGUCAGUGACUCUGGGCUCUUCUUUGAUGAGGCUUAUGGGUUCUACCCAGGCCAAGUUUUGAUUGGUCCGUCGAAGGUAUUCGCCAACGUGCAGUGGCUGUAUGGCGUAAAGCCAGUGUUGAGUAAGAAGACUAAGUUCCGAGUAGUAGUGGAAGAGGUGCAGGUGGUGGAGCUGAAGGUGACGUGGAUCACCAAGAGCUACUCCCCCAAGGGCUCCGACAGCGUCUACCCUCCGCCCUCCACCAUCACCCAGGAGAACCUCUGCAAAGUGAAGCGGUUGGGUUACUAUGACCACACGCAGAGGCAGCUGGGUGACCGGGCACUCUACGUGUUCCCGUCGAAGGUGGACGCCACGCGCAUCACCUGCGAGGGGCCAGAGGGGGCGCCGGUGCACCCCGAGGAUCCCGUCUGCAGGAGGCUGAAGCGGAUGUUUAAGAAGGAGCUGGGGAGGAAGUCAGCGGACAGUGCAGAUUCACACGGCAACCGUCUACAGCCAGGAGACAAGCCUGACCACGCAGACGGUGAAAAGCAAACUGAGGCCAAGCAUGAUGGGAUAGCGGAGGACCCCUCAGCGCCCCGUUGCCCUAACAACGGCCCCAUGGAGCGGACUGACGGCGUGACGGACAAGGAAGUGCAGACGGGCGAGGAGGGCCACGGCGAGACGCUGGGCGACCUGGACUCGGACGCGGAGGCGGACGACACGGACGACACAAGCUCCAUCACGUCGUCGGCCAGCUCCACGGCCUCGCUGCAGAGCACGGGCCUGGGCCACAACCGCAAGAAGAGCAUCCCGCUGUCCAUCCGCAACCUCAAGAGGAAGCACAAGAAGAAGAGGACCAAGUUCUCCCGCGAGUUCAAGCCCGGCGACAGGGUGGCGGUGGAGGUCGUCUCCACAGUGACCUCGGCUGAUGUCAUGUGGAAGGACGGCCGACUAGAGACGGGCAUCCGCUCCAAUGACCUCAUCCCCAUCCAACACCUGGACAACCACGAGUUCUGCCCUGGCGACUACGUCGUCGACAAGCGCUCCUCCGCUCCCCAGGACCCAGGGCUUUAUGGGGUCAUUCAGUCAGGUGACCACAAGGGCAGGACGUGUGCUGUCAAGUGGAUCAAACUCAACGCUGCGGGCGACGAUGUAGAGGUGAUUGGUGAAGAGGAGGAUGUCAGUGUUUAUGACAUCGCUGAUCAUCCAGACUUCCAUUUCCGCACCACGGAUAUAGUCAUCAGAAUAGUCAACCCUGACCCAGAGGACUGCGAAAAUGACAGUACGUCAGUGGGUCAUGUGUCCAGAGUGGAUGUCAGCAGUAAGGUGGAGGUGGUCUGGGCUGACAACUCUAAAACCAUCGUACUGCCACAGCACUUGUAUAAUGUGGAGUCGGAGGUGGAGGAGUCGGACUACACCUCCGUGGAGGGCAGCAGCAGCGGCGCCUCCUCCGAGUGGGAGUGGGAGGACGAGAGCGACAGCUGGGAGACGGUGGAGGAGGAGCACAAGGAGGACCCGGCGCCGGCCCCAGUGCCCACCGCGGCUACCGCCACCGCCGCCCCCGAAACUACGCCCCUGACGCCAGUCAGCGGGGACGCCCCGGGGGCCGUCGGCGCCGCCGCUACCGCGACCCCCGACCCGUCGGCCGCCGCCGCCACGACGCCAGGGAACGCGGAGGAGAAGCCUGGUAAGGAGGGCACGGCGCGAGGCUUGAGGGAGCUGAAGGAGGCGCUGAAGAUCCUGGAGAGCCUGAAGAACAUGACCGUGGAGCAGCUGUGGACCGGCUCGCCCACCUCCCCGACCUCCGUGGAGCCCUCGGCCGCCGCGCCGACCGCCACCGCCACCGCCGCCGCCACCACGCCGGCGUCUGCCGAGCCGGGCGCCAAGCCCACCAAGGAGAAGCGCUUCCUGGACGACAUCAAGAAGCUGCAGGAGAACCUCAAGAAGACGCUGGACGUCGUGGCCAUCGUGGAGGAGGAGCGCAAGGAGGGCGCCGCCGAGGAGGAGCGGCCCGCCGCCACGACCGCCUCGGCCGCCCAGCCGCAGGCCGAGCCGCAGACGCCUGUGCGCUCCGAGUGGCCCAGCGACACGCCGGUGCUGUGCCAGCAGAGCGGUGGCAAGCCUGGCGUCACCUUCACCAGUGCCAAGGGAGAGGUGUUCUCCGUGCUGGACGAGGCACCAGAGACUCACACCUUUAAGAUCAUGGAGUUCCAGCCGGCUGAAGCCAAGAAGUUCUUCAGCACCGUGCGGAAGGAGAUGGCUCUGCUGGCCACCUCCCUGCCCGACGGCAUCAUGGUCAAGACCUUCGAGGACCGCAUGGACCUGUUUUCUGCUCAGAUCAAGGGCCCCACACGCACACCCUAUGAGGACGGGCUCUUCCUGUUCGACAUUCAGCUCCCCAACAUCUACCCUGCAGUGCCCCCCCUCUUCCGCUACCUGUCCCAGUGCAGCGGCCGCCUCAAUCCCAAUCUCUAUGACAACGGCAAAGUGUGCGUGAGCCUGCUAGGCACCUGGAUUGGCAAGGGCACAGAGAGGUGGACCAGCAAAUCUAGCCUGCUACAAGUGCUCAUUUCCAUCCAAGGUCUCAUCCUGGUAAAUGAACCUUACUACAACGAGGCCGGCUUCGACAGCGACCGGGGACUGCAGGAAGGCUACGAGAACAGCCGGUGCUACAACGAGAUGGCGCUGAUCAAGAUGGUGCAGUCCAUGACCACGCUGCUGCAGCACCCCGUGGAGGUCUUCCAGCAGGAGAUCCGGGAGCACUUUGACGCCUGCGGCUGGCGCCUGGUGCACCGGCUCGAGUCCUGGCUGGAGCUGGACGGGACGGUGGUGGAGCGCGGCGGCGGCAAAGCCGGUGGAGGAGGAGGAGGAGGAGGCUUCCGAGACCGAGAGCCGCUGGAGGAGAUCCCCAAGGCGCUGGCGCACAGCAGCCCCAGCAAGGAGGAGGACCUGGAGGACUCGGGCCUGAGCCACUCCACCACGGCGGCGGCCGGGGGCUCGUCCGGGAGCGCCUCCACCCUGCAGCAGGACCUCAGCCAGAGUUCGGACUGCGAGGGCUCGGUGACCGGGGGGAGCGCGGGCGGCGGAGCGGUGGAGGGGUCGGACGGGGUCACGACGACGACGACGUCAGACGGGGCGGCGGCGGUGGUGUCCACCACGCAGGGCUCGAGUGGCGUGUCGCAAACCAAGGAGUCUCAACCCACGGUCAGACCAAAGAAGCGGAGAAAGAGCUACCGCAGCUUCCUGCCCGAGCGCAGCGGCUACCCGGACAUCGGCUUCCCACUCUUCCCCCUCUCCAAGGGCUUCGUCAAGAGCAUGUGUGGGGUGCUGCUGCAGUACCGGGCCGCCCUUAUUGCUGCUGGCAUCGCCGAGCACAGGGAGGACAAAUAAGGACCGAUCCCCACCACCCUGUCGCCCCCUCUCCUCACCCCCCUCCAGUUGUCUCUGCUUCUUGGCACUACAAGAAAAGAUUUGUUCUCCCCCCUCACCUGCCUGCAAAAAGCUGCACUGUGCCCCCCCUCCCUUGCUCUCUCUCUCUUUCCCUCCUCUCCAGCCAGCUGCAUCCUCCUCUCACACUCUCUCUGACUCUCACUCUUUCUUUCUUUCUUUCUUUCUUUCUUUCUUUCUUUCUUUUGUUCUUUCUCUCUCUCUCUCUCACCCUCUUUGUGCUCCAGAAGCAUUGUGUCCCAGCAGCCUACUGCCUUUACCUGUGACCUGAGGAGACCCUCGUCGCCUUGUCUUUGUACUGAAAUGCCUAACUAGAGCCCCUCCCCUUCCCCCUUCCCCACAAGCUGUGUUUGUACCCAUUCCGAGUUCCUUGAGCGUCUCGAACAUAAGCUACCCCCACACUUCGUCCCUUUUUUGACAAAUACCGUACCCCCAAAUACCCCCCUCCCCACCCACCUGAUGUUGUUCACUGAUACUCUGGUCGCUCAGGGAGACAUGGACACUGAAGGCACGGCUCAGCCACAGUGGGGAGGAGGCUGAAACGGACAUUUUUGAGACCCAAUCGAGUCUUGACUGAGCCAUUCGAGAGCCCUUAUUGAGCCCUUCUGUGUGAUUUCAGUUUCUCAGAAGGGUUUUGGUGGGCCCCUGGAAGAAGGCAGGCAGGACGGGACAGAUCCAACCAAAGCCAGAAGGCUGUUGAUGUUUUGAGAUGCUGUUGGUUGGGUCCCUGAGUCCUGCCCAUCACUGCUGUGGGAGGGUCAGAGUCCCUGAUAGGCCAUUCAUUGAACUGUUACCACACAAUGGGUUUGCACAAGUUAGCCCAGACUGCCCCAGCUGAAAAAUUGAUGGAUGUUGUUCUCAUUUUCAUCAGUGUUGCCAUGACAUUAACUGACAUGUAGCCCAGUCUGACUUGUAGUCUUUGCUUCCAUUUUAUGGACUACAUAUCCCAGCAAAACUGAAGUCUCUGGUCCUUGUCUUCAUACCCCAUUUUGCUGUUAUAUUUUUUUUUGCUAAGUUUUUAACCAGUUUGGUCAACAAUCUGAUUUGAAAAUUUACAAUGAAGUCUUUAAAGGUUGACGUUCCUGAUAGUUUUCUUUUGCCCUAAACCUGCACACAUGCACCCAUACACAUCAAGAAUGUUUGAAAACUGCCCAGACACUUAGCUUCACAACAACAACAAUAACAACAACAGCCCGUGCUACUUUUUCUUGGCACCUUGCACCAAAAACCAUGUAGACAUUUUGAGUGUCAAGUUUACAUUACUAAAGCCAGAUACCUGUUGCACUUUCUUGCAGUUCUUAACUCCAUGUUCUUGACCAGGUACCAGACUUGGUGUAACGUGUAGAAUGACGCUAGACACAGUCAAAGUUGGAGCUCCAGAACACCUGUAUGACCCUGUACAGCUCAUUCCAUCUUUUAAGUACUUUUAAGAACACCUCUUUAAAAAAAAAAAAAAAAAAAGCAAUUCUCAUGACUUCAUACAAAGUUUUCUAUGUAUUUGCCUUGACAACCUCAUCUCCACUUUUCCCCCUUUUUUCUUUGUGAAAUGCACUUGAAAAUACUCUUGGAAGUAUCUGCCCCCCCUGUCCUGGACAGUGCCCUCUACAGGGUGGGCAGACCUCUCAGACACUGUCCCAGCAUGGUCCCCCUUAUCCCUUGACAUGUCCUCCUUUUUUUACGAUGCUGUGUCUCAUGAACAUGUUGCCUUACUUGAAAUGAGUUUUGGAGCUCGACACUCUUAACCAACCAGGUUCCAUCUCAUCAUCAACCUCUUCACCCAAUCAGCACGUUUCUCCUGGCGAGUCUUAGCCGGGUCCCAGCCGAGGCGAGGGGCUUUCGCAAGGUUUUUAGGAUUUAUGAAAUAUUGAUUUCCACUCCGGUCUCCCCCAGAACCACUUCACGCUGACUUUGCAUCCUGAGCAGCUCCCCAUCUCUGGCUUGUGUAGUGGGACGGCUCAUUUACCUCAUCUAAAAAGAGGUUAAUUGCCACUGUAACCAAGGCGAUGUUUCACUGAGUUUUUAGGUCUUUUAGACCUCCAUGGCUGACGAAGGGGGGUGUUUGGGAAAUACUCAUGCUUAGAUUAUCUUUUUUAUUAUUAUUUUGAGAAGCACUAGAUAAGAUGGUUUCUAAUCAGAACACUGUUCUUGCCAACUGGAAAAAAAUUGUCAGCAUUCAUAGAUCAUUAUUUGCUGACUGCCAUUGUUGUGUUUUACCUGUUCUUUGUAUUGUAUUGAAACUUGAUUUAAUGCAUUUAUGUUUAUAAUGUUGAUAAUAAAUAAGGCAGUAUUACUACAAUGUAGCACUCUUAUUAACGCCAAUCCUGUGACCACCCCACACGGCCACCAGGGAGCAGUAGACCACCGGUGCAGACCGCUGCUGGUUGAGGCGCAGUCGUUUCAACAACUCCUGAUUCUGCUUGAAAUUUUUUUAUGUUUACAUCCAUUUCAGACUGCAGUUUUUUUUACACUGGGGGGGGUCAGUGGGUAAAGUAUGGAUCAAAGGGUUGACUAGCAUGCUUGCUUUUUAAAAUUCUCUUUUCUUUCCUUCUUCCCUUUUUAUUUUUCUUUCUUAAAUAUAUAUCGUAGCUGCUUCUUGUACAAACGGAGAAGAGCGUCUCACUGACUUCAGUUCAUUUUGACCUUAGAUGAUGUCUUGUGGGACACAAUGCAGUUCAGAACCAAAAAUAAGUGAACAAAAUGUAGUCCCCCAAGAGCAGCCCGCCGUCCUAUGAUUUCACAGGAACGCAUUUUUCGGCACGGUAUUCAUUUCUGUCUCUGAUUUUGUUGCCUGUCAGUCCUGAACCGGUCUCCUCACUGCCCCUGUGUCCCCCCUCUCGUCCUCCUCUCUUAUCUCUCCUUCCCCUCCCUCCCUCCCUCCCUCUUCCUCCACUCCCACGGAACUGAAAUGUGAAGCGACGUCUGGGAACAUUGAAAACCGAUAUCAAGCACAUGAAGCUAUGGACAUUUUUAUUUUUUCUUCUGUGUAUGUGUACAGUACUCUGAAAAUAUCAUAAAUAUGAGUGACUACAGCCAAAGCAUGUAACAUGUUGCUUUAAGCCUUAAACGGCUCCACACAAGACUUGACUUGUAUGAUGUUGACAUUUCCACAGUGGCCUGUAUUGGUUAACUAAUAAACAAAAAUAUGAUUUGUAGCCUGA